CCGGUAAAAUAAUAACAAAAACACAUGUUCCAAAAGCUUCGAAAUAAUCUCGGUAGAAAAGUUUUUUUUUGCGUAAUUUCAUGCUGCUUAUUUGUUGAAAAUUAACACCGAAUAGCUCUCGAAGGCUAUAACACCACCAUGAAUCCGUGCCGAGCCAGUACACCGAACAAGUUCCGAUCGCUUGUGAAAGUGACCUCGCUCGGGGCCGUCACGUUCAGCGCCAUCUGCCUGUACAAGGGCAAUGAGAAGUUCUACGAGAGCAUAUUCAUGCCCAUAGUGCGGUUGAUUCCGCCGGAGACGGCCCACCAGUUGGCCGUGUUCGGCAUUAAGCUGGCCCUAGUUCGGCCCAGUUUCCAGGAUCCGGAAACGCUACGGACCCGCUUCUUGGGGAUGACGGUCAGCAAUCCGGUCGGUAUUGCGGCUGGAUUCGACAAGCAUGGUGAGGCGGUCGCCGGUCUGCAGCGGAUCGGUUUUGGCUUUGUGGAAAUCGGUUCGGUCACCCCGAAGCCCCAACCGGGUAACCAAAGACCCCGAGUGUUUCGACUGAACGAAGAUAAAGCCAUUGUUAAUAGGUACGGAUUCAAUAGCGAUGGCCACGACGUGGUGUAUGAACGACUGAAGAAAAUGCGUGAAGAAAACCCCAAUCGUGUCAUGCUGGGGGUCAAUCUCGGUAGAAAUAAGCAUUCGCCAGAUGCCUACAAUGAUUACAUUCAGGGAAUCAAAAAGUUUAGUUGUCUAGCGGAUUAUCUCGUUAUUAAUAUUAGCAGUCCAAAUACGCCCGGUUUGAGGGCCAUGCAGAACAAAACCACACUCCAGGUUUUACUGAGUGAAGUUUUGAAGGCACGAAGCGCUCUUCCUCCGGAGGAACAGCGCCCGAUCCUGGUGAAGUUCGCCCCCGAUCUGGCCGACGAAGAUGUCCAGGAAAUAGUCACGGUCGUGAUGCAGAAGGAAUUCGCCGUGGAUGGCGUGAUAGUGUCCAACACGACCAUUGACCGCCCGGCCAGCCUGAAGAGCAUCAACGCGGGUCAAAUAGGAGGCUUGAGUGGGGCACCACUCUGCCAACGGUCCACCCAGUUGAUUGCAAAGGUGUACAAAUGGACCGAGGGUAAAAUUCCAAUCAUCGGAGUCGGAGGCAUCUUCAGCGGACAGGACGCCUACGACAAGAUCCAGGCCGGGGCCAGCGUGGUUCAGCUGUACACGGCCUUCAUAUUCCAUGGACCACCGGUGGUCACAAGGGUUAAGCAGGAGUUGGAUGCGAUACUGAGGAAGAACGGUUAUAAGAGCGUCGAGGAGGCUGUCGGAAAGGGCUAUGAAAAGUUUUUGUAAAGUUUGUAAGUUGUUAAGCAUUGUGGAAGCUAAAAAUGUAAUAAAUUGGAUUUGAUUUUGCA